GGGGGUUUUCCUAUGCCCCUCUUGGUCCGCUCGAUAGGGAUAGCGAGGGUGGGAAAUGGCGUCGCUCUGUAGGUCGGCCGUCGUCUUCGCCGCGAGGUCAGCCGCCGUCCGCUCCAAAACCCUGCUUCCCAAGCCCACGCCUUCCAGGAGAGCUACCUCUUUCCUUCGGAGGUCGGUGGCGCCGGCGCUGGGAUGUGUGGAGUCUCUGAUGCCUCUCCACAGCGCCAUCGCCUCCGCCCGGCUCAGGUCGUUCAUAGCCGUCGAUUCCUCCUGCUGGAGCUGGCUUUCUCAGGGUUUAAACAAGCGCAUCUGACCAUGGCUAUGAAGAAGUGCAACGGAGAAGGUAAGGGAACAUUGCAUGGCGUGCUUUACCUUUGUGACCAAGGUCUACUGGCUCUAUGCGGGGUAGAUUCUUAGAGCUUCUCUGUUGUUUCGAAGACAAAAAUAACUUUUCUAAGCUUAGUUAUCAUGCAUCAAACAGUUGAGACAGAGAUAUGUUUUUAAAUGGUUGCCCUCUUGUGGCAUUUUUUGGGUGUUUGAUAUAACGCUUCUUCAUGGAUGUUGUUUUCUAGUUGGAUUUUUUAUUUAAUUUGGUACUUUUACAGGCAUGGACGUGUUACUUGCUACAUAUUUUUAUGCAGCCAAAUCUGGCCUUGCAAGUGAUAAUAAUUGCAUCUAAAAUUCUGUUUCUACAA